UCAGGAGCUCGAAACAUCCUCUCUAGCUCCGCACUAAUACACUGUUCCACGUUAAUCGGCCUUUUUUUCUUUUAGUUUCUCCUUCUCUCCUCCAUCGAAACUAGAGUUUCUCAAAUUUUUCUCUUUUUUUUUCCCCCCUCAAAACCAAUCCAAAAAACUUGUGUAUUCUCUCGUGCGGUAGCCAAGCUACCAAGUUGUUGUUUGUUGUUAUUGUUGUUGUUAAUUUGUCUUGGUUGCGUCAUGGAGAACGGCGGUGCUAAGAGCUUCUGUCUACCGGAUCCUUUGCAUUGGGCCAAGGCCGCCGAGGCCUUGACCGGGAGCCACCUCGAUGAGGUCAAGCACAUGGUGGAGGAGUACAGGAAGCCUCUGGUGAGGCUGGAGGGCGCCACGCUGAAGAUAUCGCAAGUGGCAGCCGUGGCGACGAGCGAGUCGCCCGUGACGGUCGAGCUCUCGGAAGCCACCAGGGACGGCGUGAAGGCCAGCAGCCAGUGGGUGAUGGACAGCAUGAACAAGGGCACCGAUAGCUAUGGGGUCACCACCGGCUUUGGCGCAACCUCUCAUAGGAGGACCAAGCAAGGAGGCGCCCUGCAGAAGGAGCUCAUCAGAUUCCUCAAUGCCGGAAUUUUUGGCGGAGGUGCGGAAUCAGGACACACAUUGCCAGUUUCGGCGUCGAGGGCAGCCAUGCUGGUGAGGAUCAACACCCUGCUUCAAGGCUACUCGGGCAUCCGGUUCGAGAUCCUGGAAGCUAUGACCAACCUCCUCAACGGCCGCAUCACCCCAUGCCUGCCGCUCAGGGGCAGCAUAUCGGCCUCCGGUGAUCUCGUCCCGCUGUCCUACAUCGCCGGCCUCCUCACCGGUCGCCCAAAUUCCAAGGCCACCACCCCCGACGGCACCACCGUCGAUGCUUCGGAAGCCUUCCAGCUUGCCGGGAUCCCCAGCGGAUUCUUCGAACUGCAGCCCAAGGAGGGCCUCGCGAUCGUUAAUGGCACCGCCGUCGGGUCCGGCCUGGCCUCCAUGGUCCUGUUCGAGACCAACAUCCUCGCCGUCCUCUCGGAAGUUCUGUCGGCGAUCUUUUGCGAAGUCAUGCAGGGGAAGCCCGAGUUCACCGACCACCUCACUCACAAAUUGAAGCACCACCCCGGCCAGAUCGAGGCUGCGGCCCUCAUGGAAUACAUACUGGAGGGCAGCUCCUACAUGAAGAUGGCCAAGAAGCUCCACGAGCUCGACCCCCUCCAGAAGCCCAAGCAAGACCGCUACGCCCUCCGCACCUCCCCCCAGUGGCUGGGCCCUCAGAUCGAGGUGAUCAGGAUGUCCACCAAGUCGGUCGAGCGGGAGAUCAAUUCGGUGAACGACAACCCACUGAUCGAUGUCUCCAGGAGCAAGGCUCUCCACGGCGGCAACUUCCAGGGCACGCCCGUAGGCGUUUCCAUGGACAACACCAGGCUGGCCAUCGCCGCCAUCGGGAAGCUCAUGUUCGCGCAGUUCUCCGAGCUCGUGAAUGACUUCUACAACAACGGGCUGCCUUCCAAUCUCUCUGGCGGACGGAACCCCAGCUUGGACUAUGGAUUCAAAGGUGCUGAGAUCGCCAUGGCUGCCUACUGCUCGGAGCUCCAGUUCCUCGGGAACCCCGUCACCAACCACGUCCAAAGCGCCGAGCAGCACAACCAAGACGUCAACUCCUUGGGAUUGAUCUCGGCAAGGAAGACGGCGGAGGCUGUAGAGAUCCUGAAGCUCAUGUCUUCCACCUACCUGGUCGCGCUCUGCCAAGCCAUCGAUUUGAGGCAUUUGGAGGAGAAUCUGAAGAACACCGUCAAGAACACGGUGACCCAAGUGGCCAAGAGAGUACUGACCAUCGGAGCUAAUGGGGAGCUUCACCCCUCGAGGUUCUGCGAGAAGGACCUGAUCAAGGUCAUUGAUCGAGAGUACGUCUUCGCCUACAUCGAUGAUCCUUGCAGCUUUACCUACCCUUUGAUGCAGAAGCUAAGGCAGGUCCUUGUCGAGCACGCCCUCAACAACGGGGAGAAGGAGAAGGAUCCCAGCUCUUCCAUCUUCCAGAAGAUCUCUGUUUUCGAAGAGGAGUUGAAGACUCUCUUGCCAAAAGAAGUGGAGGGUGCGAGGGUCGCUUUUGAGAAUGGGAACUCAGCCAUUGCGAACAGGAUCAAGGAGUGCAGGUCUUAUCCUCUGUACAGGUUUGUGAGGGAUGAACUGGACGCAGGGUUCCUUACAGGCGAGAAAGUCCGGUCGCCUGGUGAGGAGUUCAACAAGGUGUUCAAUGCUAUCUGCGAGGGCAAGGUGAUCGACCCUCUGCUGGAGUGCUUGAAGGAUUGGAAUGGUGCUCCCCUUCCUAUUUGUUAGGAUCGCUUGUGAAGGGAUGCUUCUCUGCUGCUGCUCGUUAGCUCUUAUCUCAUUUGUCUCUUGUUUUGAUAUUUGGAUGUAAGGACCCUGCAGUGUUCUAGCAGGGAAAAUGUGAUUCGAUCAAGGACUUAUCUCUUGGUAUUAUACUACGUUCUUCUAAACUUUUCUUUCUUCAA